AGCUGUUGGAGCAUGCGCACUACUGAAAACAGUUUAUCUUACACGAGUUUAUUUUGUUCUCCAGUCAGUUUUUUUUUUACGCUGCCAUUAUGCCUUGGGUAGUUUAUCUCCAUUUCACGAGUUAGUUUCAUCAUGGGACGUUUUGCACUUGUGUGACAGGUUUGCGCCGCUGGUCUUGUCUGCCAUUUACUGUAGUUGCUCUGACGUUAACGGUCUGGUUUACAGUCCGCGGCGUUUCCUAGCAAAGCGGCCCGUGUUGAUGUGAGCCGUAGCUAACGCUAACUAGCAGCAAUACCUCGCGUUCGCCAGCUAUCCAGCUUUCACUGUUUGUUAAGCCGAGCAGGUGAAAACGAGAAUACAUUUCGGGCUGCCCCUCUUAACCAGUCGCCCUUUAAAACCAGCCAGGCUAUUCUAAUAAACAGUAAGCUGCAACCUAGCUGGCUAACGUUCGCGCACAACGCUAGCCACCGAAAUAGCUUAGCAACGCAGUCAGCGCGCGACGUGCCUGGAGUCACGUCACGUCACUUCACGUGUGACAAGCGUUAGCCCCUGCAGCUCGCGCGCUGGUUAGCAACGUAGCGGACUUUUGAGAGUAAGGAGUUUAAUAUGGGUACAUGAAACACGGUUUAUACGGGCAUAAAGGUCAUUUGGGGUAGCUGCCGGGGAAAUGGCUGCAAACCACUUCACGGAUUUGCGGGAGAAACUGAAGUCUAUGACGCCGCACAGGGACAACUACAAAAAAGUUUCCCACCACCGCGACGGCGGCAGCGAGAAGCGCAAGUAUCAGGACUCCGGGGACGAGGUUUGCGAGUAUGAGGAGCUCCGCGAGUCGGAGGCCCGCAAAGUGAAAGGCGGGAUUACACAGGUUUGUGUCUUUACACCGGAGGAGUGUACACGCAUAGAGGAAAAGAUAGACGAAGUGGUCGCCAAUGGGAACGAAGGACUGUACAAAGAACACACGGUGGACCGGGCGCCGUUACGGAACAAGUAUUUCUUUGGGGAGGGAUACACGUAUGGCGCACAGUUGGAGAAACGGGGCCCCGGGCAAGAGCGGCUGUAUUCUAAAGGAGAGGUGGACGAGAUUCCCGGUUGGGUGUACGAGCUUGUCAUUAACCGAUUAGUGGCUCAGGGUGUCAUAGCGGAGGGCUUCGUCAACAGCGCCGUGAUCAAUGACUACCAGCCCGGCGGGUGUAUCGUGUCUCACGUGGAUCCCAAGCACAUCUUCGAGCGGCCCAUCGUGUCGGUUUCGUUCUUCAGUGACAGCGCGCUCUGCUUCGGCUGCAAGUUCCAGUUCAAGCCCAUCCGCGUGUCCGAGCCCGUGCUGUACCUGCCCGUGAGGCGCGGGAGCGUCACUAUGCUCAGUGGCUAUGCUGCUGAUGACAUCACACAUUGUAUCCGGCCUCAGGAUAUUAAAAAGAGACGAGCCGUCAUAAUCCUCAGAAAGACAAGGCCAAACGCCCCCCGUCUGGAAGCAAACAGCAUGAGCUCUUCCGCCAACUCCCUCACGGAGAGACGCCGAAUGCUCAAAGCAAAGCGCUCACACCGCAAGGCUGACCCCAACGCCGCACACAGGCCUCGUAUCCUAGAGAUGGACAAAGAACAGCAGAGGCGCUCGCUGUUGUCACGGCAGCAGAGCCACGGUGACGGCGGCUUGGAGAACUCCUGGCGGACGGCAGAGGCUGCUUCGCACUACACACCACCUCACCGCGUGCCCACCCACCGCCGGGUCAAAAUGAGGCGUCACUGAGACCCCUCCCGGAGCUGUAUUGCGGCCGCUGGCGGAGACCCCCACCACCUGACACCCUUCUUGUGGAAACCUGAUUCUUCUAGGCUUAUGGAGGCUGAUGAGCUCAAGUAGAGGGUUUCACAGAUUACCAUGGACAAGGCAGAAGAAGCUGGACUGCUUUGAGUAUUACAGAAGACCUGACCUGUCAACAUAGAUAUAUACAAAAAUUCUAGCUUAUUAAAAAAACAAAGCCCAUAGAAUUCAAAUUCAAUUUUACCAGUAUGCAACUUAAAAGGAAAGAAUGUUGAUAAUAUGGUAUUUUUACAGCAGUGGGGUGUAAAGGUGUGCUGUUAUUUAUGUGUAUGUAAGCCUGUUGUUGGAAUGGGUGUGGUAAAAAUGUGUGUAUGCAGUGGAGGUUGUUCCUCGGUGCUCCGAGGUUCAGUUGUAGAGCAUUCUGCUUAUGUUGAGCUUUCUUAUUGUACAUUUGGCUUUCUCAAGCAUUGUUAUGAACAAGCCUCAGCAGCAACACAAUCAAAAACAAGAAGAGUAGAUUCUGUUUAAGCAAAACAAGACAACAGCUAUGGGCUGCUAAAUAUUAUCACUCCCUGUGCUUACUGAGGCUGUAGCACCUUAAAUAAAUAACAUUUGGGGCAGGAUCAGUGACAGUGUUAUGUCAUUGUAAUAUCUCUCUUUCUUAUGAGCUUGAAGGAAAUCUUUGCUAAUUUGAAGGUUUUCAACAUUGUUUACUUGUCACGUGCGUUCUGUGUGGGUGGGGAGUAGAGAUGAUUUUGCAUAUGCAUGUCUCCUGGAAGUAUUCAAGUACUCUGCUUUUUAUUUGUUGUUUUUUGGUGGCGGUGUGGUUGUGGGUGCACACAUGAGCAGUUGACUCCAGUUGUCACAAGGCUACCACUGUAACACAGGCGGUGCAACGCUUGCAGCUCCUAACUCGGGAGGUGUGAACAGUAGUCAUAGCAUUUUGUCCCCAUCCAAUAGGUACUCUUGGGAUAGUAAUUGUGGUGGUACUGGGGUCAGUGAAUGUUUCCCUAAGACUCAAAAACACAUGGAUAUAUGCAAAAGUUUGUUUUUAUGAAACAUGCAUAUUAGUAUCUCACACCUCUGCCAUCACUAGCAUGUUUAUUUCUCACUGUCCUCACCAUUUGCUAUUUAUUUUAUAUCUUGAUUUGUUUCUCUGCCCCCCCCCCCCCCCCCCCUUAAUUUCCUUUUGUGGUUUUGAAGAAACUGAAUGGUAGCGGUAUGUAUGUUGUUCUUCCCAAACACAUUUCCGUUGGAGACCUCAAAGUCCCUUUGCUGGGAAUCCUGAGUUCGGACAGUGCCAACCACUUACUUGCUGUGCUGGUCCCUUAAACCAAAAUAUAAGUUCCAUAUUAAUUGUAUACCCUUUACAAUAGUAACUUUGCAAAAAACACAUGUAGGCUUUUUCUGGUCAACCACAGUAGGGAAGGAGUAAAGUUACUCUCUUACCUGUUGCAGACUAAAGUUCAAAUGGAGUCUGGUAACAUUUUACAAGGUCAACUAUGAGCUUGGCUAUUCUACUUUCUGUCCCUUGUGUGAGAUGGAAAAAUGGCUUUGAGCUAAUAAAAUCUCACAAAGGACAUUUCCCAUGUGAGAUUGGGUAUAAUUUCAAAUGAGCUUUUUUGUGCUUGUAAUGAAUUUAUUUCUUUUUUUCAUUUUUUUUGAAAAGUCAAAUACAUGUGAAAGACUACAGUUUACUGUAAUCGCGUGUGUUUGCAUCAAAGAUGUAAAGGUUUGAGAAGAGACGUACUUAAGGAGAAGCUAUAUAAACGUUUACACAAAGGGCUCGUGUGGAGUGUUUGUUUUCAAAUUCUGAAGCCUUUGGAUUUGAGUGUAUUCUAUUAAUCAGAGUUCACUGACCAGACAAGAUGUUGCCCAUUUUCCAACAGGCACAACAAUGUGAUGAUUCAAACUUUUAAGUUACUUAAAUAAAUGCACUUUGAGUCUUGCAUUUUAAAAAUUGUAGUUAUACCACUUUCAUGUGUUCUUUUUUAUAGUUCAGUUUCUCUUUGAAUCAUUGUAUUUCUUUUCUCAGUAAAAAGAAACUUCAUAAGGUU